AUGUAUGAAUAUGCUCCGAGGCCAACUUGUAGCUUGAAGAAGCCAGAUUGUGGCUCAAAAUAUUUGUUCUGUGACCUCUCCCAUGUAACUCCCCGUUGCGCAGCAAAAGCGCGUCCAGGUGGAGAUUGUAAAGGAUUUUUCAAAGGUGAAAAAGUUUGUUAUAACAGUGAAUGUGUGAACAAUGUCUGUGUUCGUUACCCGGUAAAUACAUAUUGA